CAACUAGUUACAAACAAGUAGAAUUAAUAUUAAUAUUUGGCGUGUGUGUACAGUUAAUAACAUACACAGAGACUUGUAGGACUAUCUUACACGCGUGGACACUGAUAAUGGCCGGCGGCGUAAGCGUAGUUCCAGCUUCGGGUUACUAUCCGGUGACUCUUCCCCGCGUUCUGCCGACGACGACAACUUUCCGGCGGAAGCGGAAGCUAUUUAUUUCAGCUACUGCAGAAAUUAGUGCAAGAAACACGAGUAGUUCCCUGUCAAAAAGAGCAGGUGAGAAAAACGAGGAAAUGGAGCGUCGGAGCUUCAAGGACUACUUAGAACACUCCAAACAUUUCCUCACAUCAUCAGACGGUGGUCCGCCACGUUGGUUUUCCCCGUUGGAGUGCUCUUCUACACUCGAAAACUCUCCUCUUUUGCUCUCUUUACCAGGUCUUGAUGGAGUUGGACUUGGACUUUCUUUGCAAUAUCAAAGACUUGGACAGAUCUUUGAUAUAUGGUGCUUGCAUAUUCCUGUUCAUGACCGGACACCAUUUCCAGAAUUGGUGAAACUGGUUGAAAGAACUGUUAGAUUGGAGAACCAGCGCACGCCAGAUAGGCCAAUAUAUCUUGUCGGAGAAUCUUUUGGUGGAUGCUUAGCACUAGCCGUUGCUGCCUGUAACCCUGAUAUCGAUCUCGUGUUGAUUUUGGCUAAUCCAGCUACAUCACUUGGAGAGUCCCAACUUCCACCUCCUACACCUCCAUUAGAUGUAGUGCCUGACAACCUCCUUUCUGGCGUGCCAUAUUUGCUUAGCCUUAUGACAGAUAGUCCUUCAAAGCUGGUGAUGGCUACUUUGGAGAAAAGACUUCCACUGCAACAGACAAUCGGAGAAAUGUCUGAAGGAGCCAUAUCAUUAUCAUCAUACCUCUCUGUCCUGUCAGAUGUUUUAUCUGCUAAAACACUUCUCUGGAAGGUGAAGCUGGUUAGCUCAGCAAGUGCAUUUGCUAAUUCACGUCUUCAUGCUGUAAAAGCUCAGACAUUAAUACUCUCCAGUGGAAAGGAUCGGCUACUACCAAGUCAAGAGGAAGCUGAAAGACUUAAGAAGAUUCUGCCAAUAUGUGAGAUUCGAUGUUUUGAUGACAGUGGUCAUGCUCUUUUCUUGGAAAGUGCUAUUGACUUGGUUACUAUUAUAAUUGGGAGCAGUUUUUAUCGCCGUCAAAGAUACCGUGAUUAUGUAUCAGAUUAUUUGCCCCCAAGUCCUUCCGAACUCAAGAAAUUAUAUGAAUCUACCAGCUUCAUAGAGAAGAUUACUAGUCCAGUAAGGCUGUCAACAUUAGAGAAUGGGAAGAUUGUGAGGGGCCUUGCAGGUAUUCCAUCCAAAGGCCCGGUCAUAUUAACUGGGAAUCACAUGAUGUUGGGACUUGAACUAUUACCUCUGGGAAGUCGCUUUUGGAUUGACCAUGAUAUACAUCUCCGAGCAAUAGCACAUCCAUUUAUGUUCAAGAAGUUGCAAGAGAACAUGCUUGAUUUAUCAGUAUUUGAUUUUAUAAGAGUUAUGGGUGCUGUUCCUGUAUCACCAACCAACUUAUACAGACUUUUGUCUCUAAAUUCUCAUGUCCUGCUCUAUCCAGGAGGCCUUCGUGAGGCUUUUCAUCGAAAGGGUGAGGAAUACAAGUUAUUUUGGCCAGAACAAUCGGAGGUCAUCAGGAUGGCUGCUAGAUUUGGAGCCAAAAUUAUACCAUUUGGUGUUGUUGGAGAAGAUGAUGUUUCGCAAUUGCUUCUUGACUAUGAUGACCAAAUUAAGAUCCCCUUUCUUCGAUCAUAUUAUAAGGAAUUCAAUGAGUCUUUUAGAAAGUUGAGAACUGACAGUCCAGGAGAGAUUGCAAAUCAAGACUUGCACCUUCCAAUAUUAGUACCAAAAGUUCCAGGGCGUUUUUACUUUUUAUUUGGAAAGCCAAUCGAAACAGAAGGGAGGAAGCAAGAACUAAGGAGUAAAGAAAAAUCAGAUGAAGUGUAUCUAGAGGUGAAGUCUGAGGUUGAAAACUGUCUUGCAUAUCUCAAGGAGAAGCGAAAAAAGGACCCUUACAGGAGUAUACUAGCUCGGCAGGUUUAUCAAGCAAUACAUGGCCCUGACGCUGAAGUCCCAACAUUUUCACUUUGAUCAUAUUCAUCAUCAAAGGUGAACUUUCCUUCCGCGUUAACACAAGCCUAGUGUAGAUUGACUUUCCGGUUCUAGUGUAUUAAUUCAUUGAUAUACUCAUAGACAUUCUUAAACCAUCGUAGUGUAGAAACUUAACUAUUAAUCUAACUGUUUGCAUGUAUCCUCCCCGGGGACUGUAAUUUUGUAGCACAACAUUUGUGAGGUUGCCUCUGUUGAACAUAUCAUUCCACUUGUACAUACACUUUGUAACAGCUGGCACCUAGCUCGCAAGUUUGUUGAGAAAGUACAAGUGUAAUAAACAUAUUUGCUCAAGGAAAAGUAUUAUCAUGAAUGGUAUUGUUACUUGAUAUCA